CACCUGCCUGACGUCAGUAGCCGGAGUUCCGCGUGUUCGGAUGUGUUGUUAGUAUCAUACGUGGCUGUGGAAUACGAUGGAAAGGCGAGCAGUUUCAUCGAUUAUAUUUGACUUCGACAACACGCUGGUCGAUACAGCCGGUGCAGGACGAAUUGCCAUUCAGAAGGUGUGUGAGCUGCUGAAGUCAAUGCAUGUGCCGGAGAGCCACAUCAAAGACAUCUGUGAUCACUUUUUACGAAAGCUUCUCCAUGAAUCAUUUGACCCAUCAGAAGGAAAAACAAUAGAUGAUGUGAGGAUCCAUCACUGGUGUGAAGCCCUUCAGGAGACGCAGGGCACAGAUCCUGAUCCGGCUCUGGCCAGCAGCUGCUACUACACAUGGAAGAACACAAGGUUACGGGUGCUGACUCUUACUCCUGAGGUUCGAUCUCUCCUGGAGGAACUGCAGAAGAACUACAAACUACUUCUGAUUACCAACGGCGAUACUCAGACGCAGUGGGAGAAGAUCGAAGCAGUGGGAUGUAAGGGUCUCUUUAGUUUGGUGGUAGUCGGAGGAGAUCAUCCUGAGGAGAAACCGGCACGCUCCAUCUUCACUCACUGCUUUGAGUCUGCAGGAGUCCAGCCACAGGACUGCGUCAUGGUGGGAGAUUCUCUCAGUACCGAUAUCCAGGGAGGCAUUGAUGCAGGGGUACGGGCCACUGUGUGGAUAAACAGUGACCGUAAAUCUCUCCCACAGGGCUCUGUGACUCCAGACUACACUCUACCUAGUGUACUAAAUCUGAAUGACGUUUUACUUGAACUGAGAUGAUAUCUACAUAUGUGAACCUAAAGAUGCAACAAGGGUUUUUUUUUUUUCAAUUUGUAAAGAAAAUUUGUCAGAAAAAUAUGAUGAAGUCUUAUAUCAGCAACUGUUUUAAUCUAUAAAAGGGUGGUCCUCUCUUACAAUGACAAUAAUGUUGGGGUCACAUGUCCAGGCAAAUGAUACUUUCUUGUAAUCACCGGAUGACAAUCCGGAUUUUCUACUUGAAGCUGUUCAUGUCCUACCAAAUAUUUUAACCACAAUCCAUCACGUAACGGUCAUUAUGCAAAUGCUUUAUUAAUACCGUUUUAAUGUUCAUUUAGCAUAAUUAACAGGAUACAAUACAUCAGCUAUCCAACUCUCUUCAAGGUACAUUAAUCUGUAUUGUAUGAAUUUUAUUUUCAGAUUAUAACUGCAUUAUUAAGAUGUUAAAAAUACUAAAUUAUUGGAAUUAUUGAUAAGAAAUAUUAAUAUUUGCCAAUACCUGAAAAAUUAUUUAAUUUGUGGAAUAAAAUAAUCAUGGGUAGGUGA